AUGGCACCCACAAUGCCCACGUUACGGCCAUUGAGUUGCUGGAAGGCCAUAUUACGGCGCUCGCGACUACAGAAGGCUGCUACGAGGACACUAACCACAUAUUACAAGCCCAAGCCCAUCGAUGCCACUCCUACAGUCAAAAAGAAGAUAAAAGCGAUUCCUCCACCACCUACAGCCGCAUCCUUGUUCAAGGAACCCAUCAAAUCCGUGACUGAAACGCAGGUUGCCAUCCUCGACCCAACAGGCGCCCGCACCAAGCUGUUCUCCAAAGCCAAUCUUGAAGCCGCCCACGUCGGUGAUAUCCUUCUCGUACGACUGAAGAAUGGCGACCCCUUUGCUGGAGUCUGCAUCAACAUCCGGAGGCGUGGUAUCGAUACUGGAAUUUUGCUGAGAAAUGAGCUGACCAGGGUCGGUGUGGAGAUGUGGUUUAAGAUUUAUAGCCCGAAUGUGGAGGGUAUUGAGGUUGUGCAAAGAAAGGAGAAGAGAGCGAGAAGGGCCAGGUUGACGUAUAUGCGGAAACCCAAGCAUGAUAUGGGCAGCGUGCAGAAUAUUGUUUUGGCGUAUCAAAGAUCUCGGGGGGCGCUCAGGGGGAAUACUGAGAUCAAUAGCAACGCACAUGAGAAUAAGGGAGGAAAGAGAAAGAUCAAGGGGAAGAGAUGA